UAGUUUUUGUUUUUCUUUACACAGAUUAUUGCUCCUUUUUUAAAAAAUAAAUUAAAAAUUAAAAAAUAAAUCUAUCUCUAUAGGCUAUAUAGCAGCACUCGUCUUCUCUAUCCAUCUCUAAAAAAGUGAGAGGAGAGAGUCUAGUCCGUAUUCAUUCAUUUACACAUCUUACGUCCCAUCACCAAGCUAUAGCUCUUCCUCCCACCUCCCCCGCUUAGAUUACCUUCACUUUCUCGGGAAAGAGGCGAUACCAGACUCCAAAAGAAGCUCUUUCAAGUGAAGAGAUCACCGAUCCAAACGGAGCAGUUAAUACAGAAAACUGUACUGAAAGGGUCAUGGUGUUUGUUUUUGUUAGCUGGAGAGAGAAAGACGCGGGGAGGAAACUCACCUAUAGAUAUUGAGGUUUCUUUUCAAGGCAGAAGAGACAAAAGUUAAACCAUCAAUUCCCAGUUGUCGAAAAUAUUAGGUAAAAUUGUUGCUUGUACAGACCCAUAGCUAGCUCUUGUUUAUGGAUUUAGCUUCAGGUGCUGGUACAUCCGACCCGAAUAGCGGAGAGGGUCCAUCCGCAACAGGUUCGGCGCCGGCUGCGGAGGGUUCAUCGCCCUUGCCACUGAGUCGGUACGAGUCACAGAAGCGGCGAGACUGGCACACCUUUUUGCAGUACCUGAAGAACCACAAGCCUCCGUUAACUCUAUCCCGGUGCAGUGGUGCGCACGUGAUCGAGUUCUUGAAGUACUUGGACCAGUUUGGGAAGACGAAGGUGCACAUCUCCGGUUGCCCCUACUUCGGGCACCCGAACCCUCCGGCCCCCUGUGCUUGCCCGCUAAAGCAAGCGUGGGGGAGCCUGGACGCGCUGAUCGGACGCCUGAGAGCAGCUUACGAGGAGAACGGCGGACGGCCGGAGUCGAACCCGUUCGGAGCGAGGGCGGUGAGGAUUUACUUGAGGGAGGUGAGGGAAGGGCAGGCGAAAGCCAGAGGGAUUCCUUACGAAAAGAAGAAGCGGAAACGACACACAGUCACGGCAACCACAUCAGUGGUGGCAGCUUCUGCGGCGCCGGAAAAUGUGCCAGCGAAGGUGAUUCAAGGAGGUGAUGCUGGGGGUUCUGGUGAGGGAAGUGGAAGUGGUGUUGCUCAAACGACGACGACGACCACCGUAUAGUUUCUUUAUUUUAGAAACUUAAUUUUCCAUUUUCGUCUGUUUUUUAUAACGUUUAAUAUAUAUAUAUUUACAAGUACUAGUGAUUCUCUCAUAAUUGAGGGUUUUUUUU